AGCUCUUGCCUCCUCCUCAUCACAUCUAGAGCAGCCUCUGUUCGUUGACACCUGCCAGCCAUGGCUUCCUCUGCUGCUCACCUUCUUUCCCUCCUCUUCCUUGUGUCUCUUUCUCUCCUUCCCCUCGACUCCUUCUCCCUGAGUUCAACCUAUGAGGAAGAAUACCAUAAAUGGGUCUCUUGGCACGGCGAGCAAUACAGGCAGAAGCUUCUCUUCAACUCCAUGGAGGUCAGUAGCGAACUGAAGGAUGACCUUCAUCAUCCCAAAAAACUGGAUCACAAACUUGCCGAGGCUGAGAAAAACAGGGUCUGGAUCAAAGUGGCUCAAGAUGGUAGCGGUAACUUUACAAGCCUGAGGGACGCACUAGACAGCAUUGAAGAGAAGAACACAAGGAGGAUCAUCAUUCAAAUAGCCCCUGGAAUUUAUAGGGAAAAAGUUGUAAUAAAGAAGAAAAAGCCAUUCAUCACUCUUCUAGGGGAUAGCCGGAAUCCUCCCACAUUCACAGGGAACGACACGGCGGCCACGCUGGGAGGCGACGGUAAUCCGAUGAGAACAUACCACAGUGCAACCGUAGCCAUCAACUCCCACUAUUUUGUGGCCAUCAACAUAAGAUUUGAGAACACAGCACCAAACCCAGAAAUCGGACAAAUUGGAGGGCAGGCGGUGGCCCUGAGAAUCUCCGGCAACAAAGCCGCAUUCUACAACUGCAGCUUCUUUGGCCACCAAGACACGCUCUACGACCACAAAGGAACCCAUUACUUCAAGAACUGCUUCAUCCAGGGGUCUGUGGACUUCAUCUUCGGCUACGGCCGGUCUCUGUAUGAGAAUUGCCAUAUGAACUCGAUUUCAACGGACGUGGCGUCGGUGACGGCUCAGAAGCGAACGAACGUGUCCCUGUCGAGUGGGUUCUCCUUCUUGAACGGCACAGUGUCGGGGAGCGGGUUGGUGUACCUGGGGCGGGCAUGGGGCGACCAUUCUAGGGUCGUCUUCGCCUACACCUACUUGGACAAAGUUGUCAUACCCGAGGGCUGGAACGACUGGGGCAUCCCUGCUCGUGAAUCGAGUGUAUACUAUGGGGAGUACAAAUGCAGUGGGCCAGGAGCAAAUAUGACAGAGAGGGUGCAGUGGAUCAGAAGACUGACCGAUGCAGAGGCCGAGCCCUUCUUAGGAACUCACUUCGUCGACGGGGAGAAAUGGCUGUGGGCAGAGCAGCCCACUGCCUAUUUAUCCUGAUUCUUCAACCGCCCAUAUUCUUCCAUUCUGUCUUUCCCGUGGGCCAUGAAUUCACAGUUUCUCUUUCUCUGAUGUUUUCUUUUCCUUUUGCUUUGUUUCUUAAUUUAUAUUGGGAGUCGGGACGCGCUCGGUUUCGUAUGUUCUAGUGAACGUGGUGGGAGAAGAUCUGAUUCUUAUUGUAAAAAAUUGCAGCUUCUUGUGAAAAGAAGUUGCUUGUAAUCGAGAUAUUCAUUUAUGAGGAGUUUUA